GUCACAGGCCUGCGUUGAUGACGUAUGACCAGCACCGAAGCUCGUUUCCCCGGCAGCGGAAGCCAUAGCCGGUGAUUUCUCAAGGACUGUUUUGAACCAUGGCUUUGGGACUAAGAUGCUUUCGUUGGGUGCAGCCUGGGUUUUGCAACUCUCUUUCAGUCUUGACAAAGCCUGUUUCAGAAGUUAGGCUGAGAAAUACGAGUGUGACCUGGAAUGACGGCCAGCAAUGUGGGGCCUAUCUAACUGUGCCCAUCCGACAUUUUGCUACCAAGAAAGCCAAAGCCAAAGGUAAAGGACAUCCCCAACCCCGAGUCAACAUUAAUGCAUCCUUGGUGGAGGACAUAAUCUGUCUGGAAGAGGUAAAUGUGGAAAUGAAGUCUGUGGUAGAAGCCCUUAAGGAUAGUUUCAACAAAAAUCUCAAUAUAAGGACUUCUCCAGGGUCCCUGGAUCACAUAACUGUGACAACUGGCGAUGGGAAGUUUGCUCUAAAUCAGAUCGGCCAAAUCUCCCUGAAAUCACCUCAGCUGAUUUUAGUAAACAUGACCAAUUUCCCAGAGUGUACAGCUGCAGCUAUCAAGGCCAUAAGAGAAAGUGGAAUGAAUCUGAACCCAGAAGUCGAUGGGACAGUAAUUCGGGUGCCGAUUCCCAUAGUUACCAGGGAACACAGAGAAAUGCUGGUCAAGCUUGCAAAACAGAACACAAACAAGGCUAAGGAUGUCCUGAGGAAAGUGCGGACAAAUGCAAUGAAUAAACUGAAGAAAUCCAAGGAUACAGUGGCUGAAGAUACAAUUAAACUAAUAGAGAAACAGAUUGGACAAAUGGCAGAUGACACAGUAGCUGAGAUGGACAAGCACUUGGCGUUGAAGACCAAGGAACUCUUAGGAUAAGAAGGAAACUCCCAAUGAAGCCAGCUUUGGGAAGUCUGCAGAAGCAACAAUGCCCUAGGCUGUACUUUAGGGCCAAAGUUUUGGAGCAUUUCAUUUGACUGGAUUCUUCUCUCCUAUGCUUUUUGUGUUACUUUUAGGAGUAUCCUUUUUGGAUGUCUUAUUCAAGCCAAAAGAUUGUCUACUGUCUCCAACCACAACAUCAACUUGUAUAGGACUGGACCAUUAUAACUCUUAGGUGACCUUAAUGUGGAGUGGUUUUAUGCUGGGCAUGCCUUCACUAAAUAAAUACUUGUAGUUGUGAAAUAUACCCCUGCCAGGCUCAGUUUCCUUCUUUUGAUGUUCCUAAGGGAGCAGGAGUAUUAGUAAAUUAUGACCCUGUGUGAUUUCUCUGUCUGUGACCUUCUAUCUCUCUGUCUUCUGUUAAGCACUACCUCGAGGAAUCUUUAGUGUGCUUAUUUUCUUCCUUUGGAAUGAGAAAGUGGGUGCAUAUUGUGCUACUAAUUGUUCCUGAGGUUGAACUCCAUGUUCACUGUUGGAGAACUUUACCUGUAAUUCAUAUUCUGAAGCUAGGCCCCAAUUUUAAAUGCCUCUGUAUUUUGCCUGUAGUGAGUUUUCAUUGAUGAAGUAGGUCUAAAUAAAAUGAAAUGAAUAAAAACAA